AUGUCGGAGCAUCAACAUGUCUCCGAUGCCAUCUACCAUCCUAUUCCUCAGGCUCCUGUAGCCUCUAAUCCAAUCCCUUCCGCCUCCCCCGACCCCGACCCCGAUGAGCUGCCAAUGAGUCCUAUCGGCCCUAAUCUUCCUCAUCCCAAACUAGACCCGAAGGUCCACUGGAUACAUUUUCUAUUAGGAUGUGCUGUUCUGUUGCCUUGGAAUGCUCUAAUCACCGCGACACCAUACUUCCAGUCGCGAGUCGACGGUACACCACUGCGGGGCAUCUUCGCGUCGUAUCUAUCCAUGACUUUCACCGCCGCGAAUCUUGGGUUCCUCGCACACGCAACUGUGACGGCUAAGAAGGCCUCCAACACACGCCGCAUCCUAUCCUCCCUCGCAGCCCUCGCCCUGCUCUCCCUCCUCCUCGCCGCGAGCACAUACACCCACCCCGCUGCCAGUGUGUUCUUCGCCUUCGUCCUCGUCAACGGCGUCUUUCAGGCGGCCGCGGGCUCGUACCUCCAGACCGCGGUUGUCGCUAUCGCCGCUCUCUUUGGUCCCGCGGCAAUGCAGGCGAUCAUGUCUGGCCAGGCUGCCGUCGCGGUAGUCAUAUCUGGGGUACAAGUAUUGAGUGCACUUGCGUCGGUGCGCCCCGGGGACGCGAACGCCAGCGCGGAAGAGCUUGCAGCAGAGCAGGCGGGGCCGGCGGAGCGGAGCGCAUUUAUCUUCUUCGGGCUCUCGACCGUCUUCCUGGUUGUGUGCGUCGCGGUACAGAUGUACCUGGUUUCUCUGCCGGUAUACAAGACCGUGACGGGCGCGAGGCGGCGGCACGGGUCGGAGGGCGCGUCGUUACUGGCUUCAGACGACGAGGACGCGGACAUGAGGCGGGAACUGAGGAGGGUGGACGGGAAGGGACAAGUGACGCGGGUCGCGAAGCAGAACGCGACGUUCAACUUCGCUGUGGCCUACGUCUUCGUUGUGACACUAGCUGUCUUCCCGCCCAUCACGGUCUCCGUGACGUCGACGAACCCGGCGGUGCACCCGCUCGUGUUCACCGCGGUGCACUUCCUGAUGUUCAACCUCGGCGACUUUGGCGGCCGCACGCUCUGCUCCUUCCCCCGCCUGCACGUCUGGUCGGCGCGGCGCCUUGCGCUACUCGCGCUCCUCCGCACGCUCUUCGUGCCCCUCUUCCUGCUCUGCAACGUCCAGUGGGGCGCGGGCGCGGGCGCGGCGAGGUCUCCGGUGAUCAGCUCAGAUGCGGCGUUCAUGCUGCUCAUGCUGCUCUUCGGGGGCUCGAGCGGCUACGUGUCGAGCAUGUGCAUGAUGGCCGCGCCGUCGCUGGCGCACAACCCGCGGCUGGGCGGUCGCGCGGAGGACGUGGACGUCGCGGCGACGGUCGCAAGCUUCUUCCUCGUGGGCGGGCUCGCGGUAGGGAGCGUGGUGAGCUUCGCGGUGCGCGGGGCGGUGUGCGACUGCAACCCGUUCGCAUCGUGA